AUGUGGAAUUUUUUCCACUGUUUCGGUACCAUUGACGGCAAACACGUAGUAAUUCAAAAUCCAGAAAAUACGAUUAGUGAGUUUCACAACUACAAAGGAACUGAUAGUAUUGUUUUAUUAGGAAUAGCCGAUGCUAACUAUCGUUUCUUGUAUGUUAAAGUUGGAUGCCAAGGCCGAAUUUCAGAUGGAGGUGUUUUCAAAAAUACUUCAUUCUAUGAGAAAUUUGAAAAAAAUGAACUUAAUUUGCCAGAAAAUGAACCACUGCCUGGCUGUACGUUAUCACUUCAUUAUGUUUUAGUGUCUGAUGAUGCAUUCCCAUUAACUGAACAUAUAAUGAAACCAUACAAUACAGAUUUAAACAAAUGA